CCAAAUGCGUGCACGCUCCGUAAUCUGCGUACGUACAUACGUGAGGAAAUCUGUCAAGUGCUCGAUAUCGUCGACAAUUUGCUAAAGUCAGCUGACGCCAAGAUGCAAUUGCCUGUUCGUAAACUGUAACGAGAUCGUUCAUAAUUGUGUGAGGACUGUCGAGAAAAGUAUUUCUUCUCUUCGCGAGGCGCAAAUUGAGUUGGGUGUGCCAGAAAUUUGUAUACACUUGAGUACUGUCUAGAGAGCAAAGAAGACCACGAUGCCGCUCAGUACUGAUAUAUCUACAGCGCUUCACUUGCUGGAACAAGUGCAGGAACGUGUGGAUGAUGAUCCUAAACUACAAAUGCACACGUCUCAAGAUUUGAAGUCAUUGAUUACGCUAUUAGAAGAUCCUGUAUUUCGCAGUAUAGUUACAAUUCAAGAUUCUUUGAUCGAAUUGAACACCCAAUUGACACAUCAUCCAUCUAUCUUGCCUGGCGACUUCGACAUCAAUAUUAGUGGACAAUUGGAGCUGUCUGUUCCAAGUACUCCGGUGCAACCACUCGGACCAAACAUGUAUCAAGAUCUGUAUCAAGACACCAGCGAACAAGAAGAUCAAAGAGUUCCUGUUGCUCCAUUACUGCAUAGCAGCAGUGAAGAUACAAGUGCACAGGUUACUAGCCCCAGUCUUGUUUCAGAAGUUAUAGGAAUGCCACCUAUAACCACUCCUACUUAUGCAAAGGAGUUUAAAAAGGUCAUAGAGGCUGCUGCAAGGGGACGACAAAUAUUUACAGUGCAGUUGUACAAACCAGAAGGAACCAGUUUGGGAUUCAGCGUAGUCGGACUUCGCAGCAAGGAUAAAGGAGAACUUGGUAUAUUUCUACAGGAGAUACAACCGAAGGGCAUCGCGGGUUGCGACGGUCGAUUGGUAGAAGGGGAUCAAAUAUUGGCGAUCGAUGGGCAGCCUUUAGACUCGAACAUCUCUCAUGAGCAGGCGAUCUCGAUUCUUCAGAAGGCCCGUGGUCUGGUUGAGCUAGUCGUAGCAAGAAGCACCCAAGACGUUGGGAGCUCUUUGCCAACGGAUGAAUUGUCCGGUGGUUCGAGUUCGACAGCGGCCGCAGGAGCAGCGUCGUCCAUCGUCGGCGGCGGCGGCGGUGCCGCUGCUGGGAACAACCAGACAAGCUCCGACAAGGAUCAAUCGGUGUCAGUGUCGUCCACCGUCGUUACACCGGGACCGACCCCGAAGUCAAGCCAACCGGCCAGCACCACUUCGGCGGCGACCCCGACGCCCACGCAUACACCAACACCUACGCCUACCUCGACACCGGUACCCGGAGGCCUCGUUAUCGAAAGGAGUCCAUCCGCCGUCAGCGACACCUCCAAGAGUGGCUCUGACAUGGUGUUGAAUACGGAAUGGGCUCAAGUUGAAGUGAUAAACCUCAUCAACGAUGGCAGCGGUCUUGGAUUCGGCAUCAUCGGCGGACGUAGCACCGGCGUCGUCGUCAAAACCAUUCUUCCAGGAGGCGUUGCCGAUCGCGAUAAUCGGCUCCAGAGCGGCGACCACAUAUUGCAGAUCGGCGAUGUCAAUCUCCGUGGGAUGGGAAGCGAGCAAGUUGCCGCGGUUUUACGGCAAUCGGGCACCCACGUGCGGCUUGUUGUCGCGCGACCUGUGGAGCCGACCUCUCCGGAUUACCAGGCUCUCGGAAGUCACGCCCCGAUCGUCCCUACGAAAAUCCUGGGGGAUCCGGACGAGUUGGACAGACAUCUGGUGCACAACGUACCGGAGAGCUACAAUAUGCGACAUGUGCAGGGGAGUGACACGAGCUACGACAACGGUUACAUGUACUCGCAGGAAUCCGACAUUGAAAUGCACGCAAGACCCAGUCUCAUCAUGGACGUGGUACGCAACCCAAUGCCAAUUGGAGCGAUGCCAGUUAUACCGGCGGUGCCACUUCCGGUGCAGCUCCAGGAUUUACCGGUGCUCACCAUGGAGCCCCUCGAUAUUAAUUCACUGCCAGAAAUGGAACGUUUCACGGUCAAUCUUACAAAGGAUAUUUACGGCCUUGGCAUCACUAUCGCUGGAUAUGUUUGCGAGAAAGAGGAGCUCUCUGGCAUUUUCGUUAAGAGCAUUAGCGAGGGUAGCGCGGCCGACUUGAGCAAAAUGAUUCAAAUAAACGAUCGUAUAGUGGAGGUGGACGGACAUUCCCUGCAGGGUUACACUAAUCACGAAGCCGUCGAAGUAUUAAGGCGUACGGGGCAAACGGUGAAUCUUUGCUUGGAGCGAUAUCUACGUGGACCAAAGUUCGAACAGCUUCAGCAAGCGAUCGCCGCAAGCGAGUUGAGACUACCUCAGCCGAGUUCUCCGUCGAUUACGAGCCUACCCAGUUUUCCAAUGAGCGCGGAUGGCGAGACCACCACCGAAAUAGAACCCGAAGGCGAAUCUCAUACCACUGUGGAUAGCGCGGUUCUGCAAGAAGGAGGUUUAAGAACGUCGGAUGAACAGGACGAGGCGACCAAUGUCGAAGCAUUGUUGAGCGAUCCAUCGAGCGAGCUUACACCUCAAAUUCGCGCGGCUAUCAAGGCGAAAUGGCAGAAGAUCGUCGGACCCGACACCGAAAUAGUGGUCGCCCAGCUGAAGAAAUUCGCCGAAGGUAGCGGUCUCGGUAUCAGUUUAGAGGGAACGGUCGACGUGGAGAAUGGCCAGGAAGUAAGGCCUCAUCAUUAUAUACGUUCGAUCUUGCCGGAAGGCCCCGUUGGGCGGAAUGGGACACUGCGCUCCGGCGACGAGUUACUAGAGGUAAACGGCUACCGUUUAUUGGGCAUCAAUCAUAUGGAAGUGGUUAGCGUGCUGAAAGAGUUGCCUUUACACGUUCGUAUGGUUUGCGGAAGAAACAUCGCCUCGCAGGAUCCGCUUUGUCCCAUCGAUACCGCUCAACAUCAGGCCGCUUUUCAGACUAGAAGCAUCCUCGGCGGGUCUCUGCAGAACUUGUUACCUACAAUGGAUCGUCUCGUGAAAGCGAAGUCGGACGGUUCCUUGGCCUCGACGACGACCACGGCCACUGUGACCGACGCGAGUCUAAACAAAAUGAAAUCGCGCUCGUUGGAACCGCUGACCGGUCUGGCGAUGUGGAGUUCCGAACCGCAAAUUAUCGAAUUGGUUAAAGGAGAGAGGGGCCUUGGGUUCUCCAUUUUGGAUUAUCAGGAUCCAAUGAACCCCAACGAAACUGUGAUAGUAAUACGAUCGCUCGUGCCCGGCGGGGUGGCACAAGUCGAUGGGCAGUUAAUACCGGGCGAUCGGCUUCUGUUUGUGAACGACAUCGGAUUAGAGAACGCAACAUUGGACCAGGCCGUCCAGGCCCUCAAAGGCGCCCCGAAGGGGACCGUUCGCAUCGGCGUGGCCAAGCCGCUGCCAAUACCAGACAGUAUUGUCCAGCAAAAAGUGACACCGAAGAUCAAACGGAGCAAAAGUUUUCCCAAUGAGAGCGAGACGACCGAUCGUGUAGCCGAGCUUGAAGACUUGCUUUCCUCGAGAUCAGGUUUGACAGAAGGGUCAACGAACAAACCGGAGGUCGACGAGGACGAGGAGGACGAGGACGAGGACAACUGGAAGGAUGCCUCCCCGGUGACCCCGAUCUGCAGUCCGGCGCGUCGACCCCCGAAGCUUCAUCGCCGGGACAAACGGACCCCGGCCAGAUACGUCGACAUCGACAACGACGUCGAGAUUAUUCACGAGUUCUAUCCGACGACUUCGAAAACGAUGCACGAGGAGACGAGCAUCGUGUCGUACGGCGGCACGAUAAUCGUGGAGACCACCAGGAUACCCAGACACACGAAGGACGUGACAGCAAGGGUGGAGAAAAUAGCGCCGAAGGUGAAGUUAAAGAAGGACUCGUCCCAGGAGUUGGAAUCUCGGGUGCCUCCCGUUCAGGAGGAAGCGGUCUCCAGCGCGGAAGAGACGUCCAGGAUCACGAUGACCGCGAGAUCGCAACGGGAAGCGGAGCAAGAGCGCAGGAAGAGCUUGAAACGUCACAGCAGCGCGGAUUCCGAGGGACGUACGUCUACGUCGAGGGAGACGCUGGAGAAGUCGGACACGUCGGAGAAGUCGGAGAAGGGCGCGCGAAAGAAGGUGUUCACGGAAAAGGAGGACGGUAGGAAGCGACCGAAGAAAUCGGGAAGAAGAUCCUCGAAAGCCGAGGAUUCGUCGGAGCCGAAAUUGGAGCCGCGAAAAGAGGAGAAAGAGAAGGAGGAGCCGAAGAAGAAGGACGGGGAGACUUAUCGGCGAUCGAGGGAAGAGAGGAAGAGCCUGAAGGAGCAAGAGUGCAUCGAGAGGGUGACAGAAUUUUUAACGAGGCACAGUAUACCGACUUAUCCCGACGUAAGCGCUGGACUCGAAACUGCGGGACCGUCGUCCCGGGUCGUGGACGAGCAACGAGACAAACGUUUAUCAGUUAUCAGCAAAGACGGAGAGAUUGCAACGUCAGUCGAACCGUCCAUCCCGUCUGCGAAAAGAAAAGGGAGCCUGAAGAGUGUAUCUGAGAUGACAAGGGAUUUUCCAGAAGACUCAAGAGCGAAGGACGUUAAAGAACCUUCGGAGAGCAAAAAACAACGACCAAUCUUGGCACGCACUUCGGCAGCCGUUUCAGACGUUCAGCAACCUGAAACGACAGUUCAACAGCCUGCAAAGCGACCCAGCUCGUUGAGAAAAAGGAGAGACUCUUUCUCGAGAGAGUCCUCGAGAGAAUCGUUGUUGGAGGAGAAGAAGGGCGUGAGGAUCCAAGAAGACGUUCAAGAGAUCUUCUUCGAGGACACGAGCGAGCAAGUCGAUUUGCUGCCGGAAGUCCAGCUGGUGACCGCCAGGAUCAUCACUGCCGAAGAGGCAUCGGCGCUUCGCUUCGAGGAGGCCGCUACAAGGGUCGAGAUUCAUUCGCCGCCGGAAGUGGCCAUCGUUACCGAGACGGUUAAAGCGAGGCUGACGCGGGCGCCGUCGCCGGAAAUCGUCGACGUGUCGUCGUUGCAGCUACCCGCAUUGGCGAAAUCGACCUCGGAGAGCACUUUGACGGAGGGCAAGCCCGACAUCGCCGAGGACCACAGAGUCUCCCUGAGAAACCUGAAACCGGAGAUCCUUCUGGACCUAUCCAAGGUCUCCGAUAACGGCGGAACGAUCGAGGAGACGACGAUCGAGGGCGAUAGGGAUAUCAAGGAGAGGCGACUCAGCAGAACCGGAAGCGAGGGCUCCAAGAAAUUGAGCAAGGGCCAGGAGCAGUUCCCUUUCAAAAUUGGCAGCCUCGCGCAACCGGACAGACCGGAACUGACGAUUCUGCAAGAGGGUCCGAUAGAGAGGACGGCAAGCGAUGGGGAUCUUAUGGGAAAGGUCACGACGGGAGACAUAGGAAGAGAUGACAGCAUUACGAGCCUCGAAGUUCGACGCGAAUCCAAGGGGUCAGUCCGCGUUCCGAGGGAUCUCGCAAUUCCUUUAAGAGAGGUCGCGACUCCGGCGCAGGACCUCCGAAGAGAAGAGGAACCAAGGGAGCCAUCCUUUCGGGAAGAGAUCAAGGAGACUCGGGAUUAUGGACAGACACCUUCGCGGGAGAAACGCUCGCCGUUGUUGGAGGAAUUAGUCUGUAGACACGAGGAGGACAAUCUGAUCUGCAAGGAGCACUCCUUGGAAUAUCAGAGCCAAACGCUCGAGAGCCAAUCGGAGCAUCUGUACCACGAGGCGAUCACUUCCUCGUUAGAGGACCUAUUGAAGACGGUCCCCGAGAGCUGGACCCGCGAGGUCUACGAAGAGAGCCUCGACGAGGUCGAGCACAGCUUCAAGGAGACCCAGUACUCGCCUAAGGAGAAACGCGACGUUCAGACGCAGACCGUACAGGAGUCAAAGGGCACGCAGUGCAGCCCGGAGCAAAGCGCGAGUCCUUGCGACGAGGAGCCACCCAGCAUCAGUCCCUUCCACGUCAGUCGUAAAUACUUUCAAAGCCCGAAACGGGAGGUGCAGACGCAAACCCAGGGCGAGGACAAGAGCGUCCAGUGUUCGUUGGACGACUUGGGUGAUCUCGCGGCCAGCCCCAGCAGAUCGGACCAGACGCAGGAGUCGAAGAGCGUCCAGUGCAUCCCGGAGGACCUCUCCGACAGAUCGAGAUCCUCCUCGCGCGAGGACGCUCUGCGCAGUCCGCGACGCGAGGUCGAGGUACAGACCUAUCAAGAGUCGAAGGCGGUUCAAUGCAGCGACGACGAGCUGCUCGAGCCUGAUCAGGCGAGCACCAGCGAUCGUCCAGAACGCGCGGCCAGCUCGACGUCCAGGAAGACCGAGAGCUCGCCCUCGUCGAGUUCGAGUUCGCCGCGCAAGUUCCCGACGGUCGUCUUCGUGGAGGGCAAAGGGGACAUGACCGUCACGCACAGGGAGCACGAUGGCGACGUCACCUGGUCGAAGCACUGGGGCCCCGAAAGACUGGUGGAGAUAUACAGGGAGCCUAAGACCAGCUUAGGACUCAGCAUCGUUGGCGGGAAGGUCGAUCUGCACAACGGUAGCUCCAGUAAGUCCCAGAAUAUCUCCGGGAUAUUCAUAAAGAAUGUGCUGCCAAACAGCCCGGCCGGUAGAACCGGCGGUCUUAAGAUCGGAGAUAGAAUAAUUGAGGUGGACGGCGUGGAUCUGCGACAUAGUACGCAUGAGCGUGCGGUGGAAGUUAUACAGGCUGCCGGAAAUCCUGUCUGCCUCCUGGUCCAGUCCUUGGUGCAUCUGAGCCCGGAGCACGGCAGUGCCGUCCAAGAGGAAAGAGAUACCAAGGCCCGGAGGCAAACUGUCAAGAGUCAUACGUCGCCGUCUUCCGGCGUCAGCCCUGGAACGCCACCGACGGCCUCCUUUCGCCAUAAACCACCGCCGGUUUCGCCGGCGAGAUCCAUCACGCCAGAAGUGAUACAGCCAGGACUUGAGGACGGCGACGCUCAAAGCAGUUCGCGCGGAGAUUCCCAAAGACAGAUUUCGAAAAGUUCAGAUGGCUCAACUCCCAGUUCACGAAGAUCCUCCAUGAAGAAGUCAAUUCGAAAAACAGCCCCUUCGCCACCGGUGAACCCUCCGGGGAUCCUUCGCGAGGUCAGCGAGGAACGAGAGGAUCAUGCCGUCUCUACCGCAGAACCUGCUACGAAACCCAAAUAUUCCUCGGACGAAAGCUCGGACGAGGACGAGGAGGAUACGCGAAUGCUGGAGGGCAACGUCUACACGAAGAGCGGCAUCGAGAUCUCGAGGAAAAGCGCCGGAAACGUGAAGCGCACGAAAGCGGAGAUCGAUGCGGAUCCGGAAGAAGAGGACGAGUUCGGCUAUACGAGCAAGAAGAUACAGAAGAAGUAUCAAAACUUGGGACAUAAAGUGCUCAUGGUCACCCUCGACAAGGACAGACGGGGAUUGGGUAUCUCCUUGGCUGGACAUAAGGACAGAAACCGAAUGGCGGUGUUUAUUUGCGGCCUCAAUCCGAAGGGUGCAGCUUAUAAAAACGGCGGGCUCCUCAUCGGCGACGAGAUAUUAGAGGUGAACGGUUGCGUGUUGCAAGGACGGUGUCAUUUGAACGCGUCCGCUCUUAUCAAAGGCAUACCCGGCACUCGCUUCAAGAUCAUCGUUUAUCGAAGAUCGAAGGCUGUCGAUGACAUCGCCGUAAAGCCGAUAGUUCAAUUUCCACCAACCUUGGAUGACAACUUUACAAGCUUCAAUAAGUACAAGGGAGUCCGUGAGGUGCAAAUAAAGAAGAGUCCGUAUGGUCUAGGAAUAAUGAUCAUCGAGGGAAAACAUCUAGCCGUGGGACAGGGUAUCUUCGUGUCUGAUAUUCAAGACGGCAGUGCCGCGGAACAGGCUGGACUGAAAAUGGGCGACAUGAUCCUGGCCGUUAAUAUGGAUAGUUUAAUAGGACGCACUUAUGAUGAGGCUACGGAGUUAUUGAAGAAGGCGCAGGGCGUCGUUGUGCUGACGGUUUGUAAUCCUAACGAGAAUAAAGUAGACCAGAAAGAUAAGACUAAACUUGGAAUUGAAACUAGUGAUACUGCGCAUAAGACGCCACAGAGAAGUGCACCGGCAACUGCCAAAGAAGCGGAUAAACUAGCGGAAUCCGACAAAAUCAAGCAGGAUCCGAAGACCUGUCAAAUACUAGUCGGGCAAGAAGUGACGAUAGAGUUUCAAAAAGAAAAGGACCACGUCGUAGGUAUCGUCAUCGCUGGAGGUUCUGAUACUCUCUGGAAUGGAGUGUUCGUUCUGGACGUAUUUCCCGAAGGCGCGGCUGGAAAGGAUGGUCGAUUGCAACUCGGCGAUCAAAUUCUUAGUAUAGGCCACGAGAGUUUCAAACAAAUAGAAUCCCACAAAGCUCGCGAGGCGAUGUUGAAGCUCACUUCCGGAAUUAUCACAAUGACGGUAUUACGCCACGAGAAACCGACCGAGGAAUACGAGAUCGAGAUACAGAAAAAGAGCGGCAGAGGUGCGGGUAUUUGUUUCUCCGCGUUUAGAAGCGGCAAGGGAGCUUACGUGACGGAGCUGAUGCCAGGCGGUCAGGCCAUCGAAACUGGCAAGAUCUGCAAGGGCGAUCAUCUCAUAACGAUCAGCGGAUUGGAUGUACGCGACGUUUCCUUCGACGACAUCGCCUUUCAUCUAAAGAUAUCCAAUCCGCUGCAGCUGAAGCUGGCUAGGUAUAAAUCCGCCAAACAAUGACAGGGUUCUGCGGGCGGAACUCUCGAUGCGUGUCCCGACGUACGAAGAAGCAUCUACAGACAUCGUGGAUUCUAGUGUGAUAUAUAGGUAAAAAGAAAAUAAUGCAAAUGUCUUAAUAACCAUAAGUACCUUCGUUACGGGAGCCGCGUGCAAAAUCGCGCGACUCGCUCUAUUAGUUAUACGCCCAGCGUCGCCAAUCGAUCUUGCCGUUCGAACUCGCGUGCAACACGAGAAGUGAAAAAUGAUACGAGGGCUGAGGUAAAGCACGAUAAAGCGCGGCGAUACACAUAACGCAUGUGCAUCAUUUCGAUGAAGCCGAAACGGAGAACUUCGAGGACAUGUCAUCGAUCAUCGUCGUGCGCGAUUAUUGUCAAACAUGGCAGAUUUAAAUUUCGUCAACGUGGGUUUGUGCAAAUGAUUCCGUCUACCGAUGCUCGUGCUCGUGCAAAUAUAGCUCCGAUAUGCAACAUCUUAUCGUCUUAUACGUAUAUAUAUAUAUAGAUUUAUAUAUGUAUAUAUAUAUACACAUACACAUUCACUGUUAUAAUUAUAUAUCGCGAGGUAAUCACGUUAUCAUCGAUAAUGAUGAGGAGAAUUUCGCGUAGAACAGGCGUAUAAAUCGAUAAUAAUAAUCUCGACGAGUCUAUAUAUACAAUAUCAAGAGAAAUAUCUCUAUUCUCUUCACUUUGGAGAGAUACGACGUCGCUCCCCUUGUAUCUUCAUACAAAACCGAACUCGCUUGUAUGUUUCGUACUACAACUUAUAUACUUAAGACAAGCAAAUAGUAGAGGCGAUUAAUAGCGUUUUUUCGGGUAUAUCCGUUUAAUAUAUUUUCUUCGUUCCUUUUCUUUUUUUUUUAAAGAUAAGAUUCUAGUCUCGCUCGUGAAGAUCGGCGGUUUCUCGCCUUAAUUAUCGCUUUCGCUCGCGUCACGGCUGCUCCCAUUGUCAUGGCUGACGUAACGUUAUUAUACAUAUAUACUGUGUCGCAUACUGUAUUUUUUUCAAUAUUAAUAAGGCAAGCGCGAAAAAACGAUGUACGAGCUACGUCAAAAAAUAUACGCGCAGUGUUAAGAAAACUUCGAUAUAUAUAUAUAUAUAUAUAUAUAUAUAUAUCCUCGUUAAAAAUAUUUUCUCAUUUAUCCAAGAAUUUCGCGUAGAAUAUAAGAUGCACCGUCGGCCACAUCCGUUUAAUAAAAUCGGUAGAUAGAUAACAAUUUUGUAACACACAUGUAGCUUAAUUUAUAAUAGAUUAAGAUUAGAAACAGGAUACGCGAUAUAUAAGAUAUAGUGACAUAAUAUAAAAAAAAAAUAUAUAUAUAUAUUAGGAUAAAUCUACCCGUGAUUUCUUAAAUCUUAAACGCGAUAGGACGUGUAACUUUGACAUAAAUAAGCGCGCAGGAUAUUGUUGGCGACUCGUACAUCGUAUAAUAUCGUGUAUUUAUCGCUAAUAAGAUAAAAGAAUACCGCCUAAAAAUUGAUAGGGAUAAUAAGAGAUAACGAGACGAGAUCUCUCCCAUUUUCGCGCGCUAACAAGCCUGACAAGGGUCAAAGGGAGCAGUCGCGUCGAACGUCGAGCGAGAUCACUAGUUAAGUGGUGGGCUUCGGUUAGGUCAUCCUCGCGCGAUCUCGUUGUAGCGUAAUAAUAUUAUAUAAUCGCGAGACGUUUGCCAACACCAACGGAUGGCGGAUCAUUCCGAAGUGUUCAAGCGUUAUUUGUUUUCUUUAUGCUCCGACGCUUGUCAAGUCACGACGGGUGACGCGUCGCAAAGCUAGACUGGCUUGUUGAAAUACACAUAGUUAAAUUAAAUCUAUAAUAUAUAUACAUAACUAGUCCUUAUAAAUA